CGGCGGGGGCUAUGGCCGAGCGUUUAGCGGGGAGCCCCGAGAGCCGCACCUGUCAGGACCGAAAGACCUAGGGCCAGCGACAGGCUGGGUGUCCCGCUUCUUCCUGAUUGUGCUUCGUGGAAAUGAUGAGGACCGGGCCCUCCGCCACCGCCGUGGCCUGGACUCUACUUCUUACCCGCUGCCUGCUGCCGGGCCCGAACUGUGCCUCCGCCUCCUCCGCCCGGCCCCCGCAGCCCUUGUCCUGCCAGUCCCUGCUGCCUUCAGCCUUGCCCUCCCUCCCGCUCCUCGCUCCGCUCCCUCGUUACCUGAUCAGCCUGGCCCUGACCGAGGCCCUGGAGCGGGCCGGCUGCCAGGUAGAGGCCCGCGGCCUGCGGCUGCGGCUCGUCGCACAGACGGGCGCGGAGGCCACCGGGACCUUCGGCCGCCGACUGCGGCGACCGCGAGGGGCCGGUGGGGGCGGAGGCGCGGGGGCCGCCAAGGCCCUGUUCUACAACUUGCACCGGCUGGGCCGACCAGAGCCAGGGAACGGCUGUCCCGGGUUCGAGCCGCUGGACGGGGCCCAUCUGAUCGGGCCGGUGCUCGGCACCCACUCUGUCCUCCCUGCGGCCAUGGCCGCCUGCCGACUCCGGGGCGCCUCGUGCGCUGGCGUCACGGCCGUCCCCGGGGACGCGUUCCUGACCGUGGGGCAGCGGGGAAGCCGCUUCGUGCUCGGGCCGGGGGCCCGGACCUGGCUGUGUCGGGGCGGCGGAGGGCGGCGGAGGGGCCGGAUGAAGCGGAGUGACGACCCCUGCGUGUCCGAGAAGGAGCGGCAGGUGUUCGAGGUGGUGCAUUGGAUCCCGGGGGUGGACGCCUGCUACAGCCUGGGCACGGCCCUCUACUACGGGGCCCGAGGCUGCUCCGAGACCGCCUGGGCCCGGGCCCGGGAGGCCGCCCUGGACUUGGGCUACGCUGCCGUGGUGGAGCUGAGUGGGAUGGCCGGGGGGCCCGAGGGCGUCGGGGUCAGUCUGGCCCUCAGGCCCGCAGUGCAGCAGUUGGUCCGAAACUGGUACGUGGAGGGGAGGGCAGCAGGCGGCCCCCAGUCGGCCGCAGGCCCGGGCCACCCCCGGGAGGGGACCACGGCAGCAUCGCCCCCGGUGGGGGUCACUCCGCCCGUGAGCGGUCACGGGCAGGGGACCAAGGCGAUGACCCUGGCUUUGGAAGGUGGGGAGGCGAGGACCGCUGAGGACAGCCACCGGCGGGGCAGCAGUCCAGAGGGCUGGAAGGGCUUCUGGAAGAGGCUGGGGACUGGGAGGUGGUGAGAAAAACACACAGACACCCACCCCUCCAUCCCCCACCCACCCACCCUCCUACCCACAACCUUACACGAGGCCUGCGGGUCCCUCUCCCCGAUGGCCUCGGCCUGGACCCUGUAAGCGUUCAAUCAAUGCCCCUGAUUAAUCGGGUGAUGGAUUGCCCCGAAUAAAGCCGUUGCAGUGGCCUCGAUACAGAAA